AUGAUGAGAACCGCGGCACAGGCUUCGACCAGAAGGGCGCGGCCGUCUUGGACGGGGAGGAGGUCUUCGUGCAGAAGAUCGCGGCGAGCAGCCUGGCGGACUUCAAGAGGGGCGCGAAGGCGGACCUCGGCGACGCGCGCGCUGGGUGACCACCACGACGAGGCCGGCUUGAGGAGCUUGCGCUUGUCGGAGGCCGUCGCAUUGAUGCGAGACGCCGACCAGCCGAAUUUCUUUCUGGCGGGCGUCAGGGGCGUGAAGGAUUUCUUGGAUAGCGUCGCCGCUGGGCCUGACGUGACGUCGCACCAGGCCGAGUGGGAGCGGCUCAGCGGGGUCGGCGAGGGCUCGGCGGUCAACCACGUACAUCGGAACCUGUGCGAGGUGAUCCGCCUCAUGCACUCGUGGGAUCAAGUGGAUCUCUCCAUGCUGGCCUCCGCCGAGUUGUUGGUGCGCUGGAUGAUCCAGACGGAGAUUGCGGUAGAGCGCAACCCGCGCCAUCCAGACUACAGCGGCCUCGACGUCGUGAUCUCCGCGCCCGUGAACGCCGCGGGCCGCGCCUCCACCUCGAGGUUCAACACCUGGGUCACGGACAGGCCCAAGGAGCGGGCGACGAUCUGGAAGCAGGGGCGGCUCUACCGUGCGGAGCAGAAGCAGGUGCGCAAGGGCGACGGCAAGGGCGGCGACAACACUGAGCUCGCCAACCCGAAGAGGCGCCCGAAGAAGGCGAAGGGAGGAGUGGCCGGCGCUGGUGGCGGCGCCGGGCUUGCCGCCUCCAGCCCAGGAGGCAUCAGGUCACGCGAUCGACGGCAUGGAGACCCUUUCCCGCUGCCUUGCGAUCCUGCUGGCCUCGGCACUGCAUGCGACGCCGCGCGGCUUCGGCAAGUUUUUGACUCGGUUCGGGCCCUGAACCAGCUUCCUGCCGCCAACCUGAAUUCACGUCGCGCCCGGGGGCACGACUUACCACCUGAGGGCCACUUCCGGGCCACCGCCGUGCAGCGCUGGAUGCUCCAGAACGUCGCGCGGCGGGUCGAGGCGUAUGGGGCUUGCCCAACUGACCUUACAGAGGAAUCAUCCCUGGCGGAGAUCCUCGACUCAAGAGACCACUACGGCAUGGAGCCCAAGAGCUUAGCCAGCUUCGACUUCGACAAGGUCAAGAUCCUGCACAGGAAGGUCCACGUUCGACCAAUUCGUCGAGAGCUUCCUCCUGCGGCGCUUGGCUACAUCAGGCACGCGUCCGAUCUGAUCGAGAGGGACGAGGCGGAGCUUGAGAAGGACCGAGCCGAAGGGCAGGGCUUCUCGCCUCACUGGGAGCCCCGACUUCGGCGCUCGCGAGAUCUACGGAAGCGGCUGUGCCAGCGCUUGAGCCAGCAGGGCCUGCUGACCUGGCGCCGGCUGCUGAAGGGGCGCGCGGGCAUCUUCGCGGUCAAGAAGAAAGAUGGGCUUCAGAGGCUAAACAUCGACGCCCGAGCGGCGAACAGAGCACAUCGGUUACCGCCAACUACACGGCUCGGCUCGUCACGCUGCAUGGCCGACCUGGAUCUCUCCGACCCCCGCUUGAAGGCUUCUGGCUUCGGUGGCGUGGGCUCUGGGGCCGCCGCUAGUCCUGCUGGGCUGGAGGGCGACGUCGGGGACUGCUUUUACAACUUCACGAUCCCCGAGCUCGCCUCCUGGUUCGGCUUCGAGGACCGCUUCGACACCGCUGAGCUGGGCUUCGACACCGCUGAGCUGGAGAGCAUGGGAUGCCGACCGGCUACGAUCUGGGACGACGCCGAGGGGGCCGAGACCAAGGUCGUGGACGGGGAGGUGCUCUACCCCUGCAUGGCCGCCGUGCGCGUGGGCUGGUCGUGGGCGCUGUACUUCGCCAACGAGGCCGUCACCUACCGAGUUGAGAAGACCCUCGAGGACGGCGCCGACCAGAUCAUGCGAGAGAUGCAGCCCACACCAGUUUUGAGGCCUGGCAAGUGCGUUACAGGCGUACACGUUGACAACGUACAGGCGAUGUCCGCUCUGAAUGCGUGCUACCGCUUCAUUGAGGAGUCCCCGGCUACGUUAAAGAGGGCCUGGGCUACGUGCGGGGCGACGCGCCGGGCGGCGGCGGGCCCGCUGACCGCCUUCGGCCAGGGCCUCCGGGGCCGGGCCGAGGCGCGCCCCAGGUCGCUGGCCCACGCUGCGCCCGGCAAGAGGGCCCGCGUCAGGGUGGCGCUCGACUCGGGGAUCCCCGCUUUGGCCGAUGGCUGGACGAUGCGUCGGCGCUAUCACUUGGUGGCAGCCGACCGCUGGCGCUGGCAGGACGAGCACAUCAACCUGAAGGAGGCGCGAGUGGCCCUGAUGGGGCUGCGAAGGCACUGCCGCUCUGUCAGGAUGCUGGGUUCGAAGCUGCUCACGCUCAGCGACAGCCAGGUCACCGUGGGGGCCUUCGAGAAGGGCCGCUCUAGCGCGGGCCUGCAGGCACUGUGCCGGCGCGCGGCCGCCUACCGUCUGGGAGGCCAGAUCACGCGGCGGCUCCGCUACAUCGAGACGGAUCGGAACCCGAGCGACCUCGACUCGCGCCAGUGGGACGCCAAGCUGCCCGCCAAGCAGUGCCCAGCGCGGGAGCAGCCACCCCCGGCAGUUGCGGCGGCGCAGCUGGGCGAGUUGCUCCUGAUGAACCUUGCGGUCCUCGCGCCGCUCGCGGCGCAGGUGACGCGCGGGCCGAGGGGCCUGCUGCCGCCGCCGCCGCUGGAGCUUGCGAGGGAGAGCGGACUGCUGUGGAACUUCGACCCCAUCGCUCGGCUUCGUGGGCUUCCGAACGUCAUAGAGGUCAACUUCGAUAUGAGCAUGUACGGUACGGCCUAUCGAAAACCGACUCGCGUACUUACGGACGUUGAGGCCCUGCGGGCCCUCGGUGAUAAACUUCGCAUACCGCACGAGCACGCUAUCAUGCUGCACGGGCACCUCACGUCUCAGGCUGCCGCCUAUCCGUUCGCAUUGGGCUCUUGCUGGGCAGGCGUUUUGAGUGCCGCGCUCCCCAGAGCGGCGCUCGCGAGCGCGCGGGAUUUCGACCCGCGUGAGAUCCGUCAUGGCCUCCUUCGGGCCGCGGGCCGUCAGCCGAAGACUGGGGGAGAGGCGAUUCGCGGCGAGGACGGCGAGCGCCCCGAGGCCAGCUGCCAGGCCGCCGAUGCGUACCUCAGCGGGGGCCCCUUCGUCCAGUUCGGCCAGCCGUCGGCGCCGCGCCGAGUGGGAGCCAUCCGCGCCCAGAGGCGCGACUCGCUGGUCAUGGCAACGGUCACGAACGCGACGCUCGAGCGGUACGCGGCCGCCGUGCACGAGUUCGAGAUCUACGCGAAGGCCAAGAAGCUCGACCUGCAGCCGCUGAGCCGCCUGGACGACAGCGUGGCCCAGUACUUCGCGGGUCUGCACGACGACGGCUUCGGAGUCUGGGAGGGUCGGAACACCCUGUGCGGUUGCAGGCUCCUGCGGCUCAAGGCGACGGGGAAGGUGGGCCUUCCGAAGGCGCUGGCCUCGCUGAAGGGCUGGGCCAAGCGGUCGCCAGGCCGGAUGCGCCUGCCGCUGCCCGACAUCGUCGUGGACGACAUCGCGCUGGACCUGCUGCAGACGGACGCCUACUUGAGGCCCUCGGAGGUUGUCGAGCUCAGGCAGGGCCAGAUCCUGCCGCCCGCGCCAGCCGCGAGGCUCGGCGCGCACUAUGGCAUCGUCAUCGCGCCCUCGGAGUGGUACGAGGUCACAAAGACGGGAGGCCAGGACGACAGCCUGCUGGUCGGCGACACGGCACGCCCCUGGCUGACGAGCGUGCUGCGGCUCCUCCAUCAGCCCAAGGCGCCAGACUCCCUCAAGAUCUUCGACUUCUCCUUUGCGGAGUACGAGCGGGAGGUCAAAAAGAGCGCCGACCGCCUGGGCUACUCGUCCCUGGGCGUGCGCCCGCGUGUCUUCAGGCACUCAGGGGCCUCGAACGACAAGGCGCACAACAGGUUUAAUGCAAGCCUCGCGUGCCUCCGCAACGCCGCGGCUCAGGCCGACGCGGCGGGGCUCGGCUGCACCGCGCUGUCCCGGGACGGCCGUUUCUGCGCUGCGGGCGCGCACGGCGGCGCCCGGCUCUGGGACCUCGCCGCGGGGGGCGCCGCGGCGGCCGCUGCGGGGCCGCGGGGCCCGGCGCGCGCGCGAGAGGGCCGCGCCCUGCUGGGCCACCGGGGCCGCGUGCUGGCCGCGGCCUUCUCCCCGGACUCGGAGCUGCUCCUGACGGGCGGCCAGGACCGACUGCAGCGUGGGCGUCUGGAGCACCCCGCAGGGGAGGCAGCUCGGCGCCUGUCCCUGCGAGGGCGGGGCGGUCUGGGCGCUCGACUGGUGCGCCGCGGGGCACUACUUCGUCAGCGGGGGCGCGGAGGGCACCGGCCUGCUGUGGAGCGUGGAGCGCGCCGCGCCGCUGCGCGAGCUGCGGAUGCCCGGCUGCGGCGCGGCCCUGGGGCGGGCCGUGCCCGCGGACGUCGAGG